AUGGAGGAAGUGAUGGAUACCGCCGGCGAGUUCAUAUCCACGGAUCCGACGUCGACUCCGGGGAAAAAAUCGGCAUCACCUCCAAGGCUUUUCAUCAAAGAAAUGGUUAUGAAGAAUUUCAAAUCAUACGCCGGUGAACAACGUGUUGGCCCUUUUCAUAAGAGCUUUUCCGCUGUAGUUGGUCCUAAUGGAAGUGGGAAGAGUAAUGUGAUUGAUGCUAUGUUGUUUGUAUUCGGAAAGCGAGCUAAGCAGAUGCGUCUUAACAAAGUGUCGGAGCUUAUUCACAAUUCCACGAAUCACCAAAACCUUAACAGCGCACGUGUAUCUGUUCACUUUCAGGAAAUCAUCGAUCUGGACGACGGAACAUAUGAAGUUGUUCCAGGAAGUGAUUUUAUAAUAGCUCGUGAAGCUUUUCGAGAUAAUUCUUCUAAGUACUAUAUUAAUGGGCGUGACAGUAAAUUUACGGAGGUUACCAAAAAACUAAAAGGGAAAGGAGUUGACUUGGACAAUAACCGGUUUCUGAUUCUUCAGGGUGAGGUGGAGCAAAUUUCACUUAUGAAGCCAAAAGCUCAAGGUCCCCAUGAUGAAGGCUUUCUUGAAUACCUGGAGGAUAUCAUUGGAACUAACAAAUACUUGGAAAAAAUUGAUGAGGCCUAUAAACAGCUUGAAUCACUGAAUGAAAAGAGGUCUGGGGUGGUGCAGAUGGUUAAGUUAGCUGAUAAAGAAAGAGAAAGCCUAGAGAGUGUGAAGAAUGAAGCAGAAGAUUACAUGCUUAAGGAGUUGUCAUUGUUAAAAUGGCAAGAAAAAGCUGUAAAAUUUGCUUCUGAGGAAAAUGAUACAAAGAUGGAAGAAAUUCAAAAGACCAGGUCUAGCCUUCAAGAAAAUUUAACAGCUGAAAGGGAGAAGAUUCAGGAAAGCAAGAAGGCAUUAAAGGAGCUCGAGACAUUGCAUAAUAAGUAUAUGAAGAGACAAGAGGAACUAGACACUGGGCUUAAACGGUGCAAGGAUGAAUUCAAGGAAUUUGAGCGGCAGGAUGUGAAACACCGAGAAGACUUAAAACAUGUUAAACAAAAGAUCAAGAAAAUGGACGAGAAGGUUGAAAAGGAUUCAACAAAGAUUACAGAUAUCACAAGGCAGUCUGAAGAGUCUGCUAAUCUAAUCCCCAAACUGGAGGAAGAGAUUCCUAAACUGCAAAAAAAGUUGUUGGAUGAGGAUAAAAUAUUGGAGGAAAUUACAGAGAGCUCCAAAGUUGAAACUGAGGCAUUUCGUACGGAGGUUGCUAAGGUUCGUACUGAACUCAAACCUUGGGAAAAAGAACUGAUUGAGCACCAUGGAAAGCUUGAAGUUGCAUCCACUGAAAAGAAACUUCUCACUGAGAAGCAUGAAGCUGGUUGUGCGGCAUAUGUAGAUGCUCAAGAACAAUUGAACGACUUACAGAAGAGAAUUGAAACAAAGACUUCAAGCAUAAAAGACAUGCAAUCUAAGUUAGAGAAAAACAAGCUUGAAUUAUCAAAAGCUCGUAAAGUGGAACAGGAAUGUCUAAAAGAACAAGAGACACUGAUGCCUCUUGAACAAGCAGCAAGACAGAAAGUCACAGAGCUAAAGUCUGUCAUGGAAACAGAAAGGAAUCAUGGAUCUGUUUUGAGAGCAAUAUUGCAAGCAAAAGCUUCAAAUGCAAUAGAGGGAAUUUAUGGAAGGAUGGGGGACUUGGGCGCUAUUGAUGGAAAGUAUGAUGUGGCCAUUUCAACAGCGUGUCCGGGUCUUGAUUAUAUUGUAGUGGAAACAACUGCAGCAGCACAAGCAUGUGUUGACAUGCUUCGCAAGAACAGCCUUGGGGUUGCGACCUUCAUGAUAUUGGAAAAGCAAGCUGAUCAUAUGUCUAGAAUGAAGGAAAAAGUAAGCACUCCAGAGGGUGUGCCACGCCUCUUUGAUCUAAUCAAGGUGCAAGAUGAAAGAAUGAAACUUGCUUUCUUUGCAGCAAUGGGGAACACUGUUGUUGCCAAGGAUAUUGAUCAGGCAACACGUAUUGCGUAUGGUGUGAAUAAAGAAUUUCGGCGUGUUGUUACACUUGAUGGUGCUCUUUUUGAAAAAUCUGGGACUAUGAGUGGUGGCGGAAAUAAACCACGUGGGGGUAAGAUGGGGACUUCCAUCAGAGCCACUAGCGUCUCUGGAGAAGCGGUUGCUGAAGCUGAAAAUGAGCUCGCUCAGAUAGCAGACAGAUUAAGCAAUCUAAGGCAACAGAUUUCUGAAGUGGUUAGGCAUUACAAGGAUUUGGAAAAAACCGCUACACAUAUUGAAAUGGAGUUGGCUAAAAGCCAAAAGGAGAUUGAAAGUUUGAAUUCACAACAUGAAUAUCUUGGAAAACAACUUGAUUCCCUAAAGGCUGCAGCAAAGCCAAGUAAGGCUGAAGUUAGUCGACUUAAGGAACUCGCAAAAGUUAUAUCAGAAGAAGAAAAUGAGAUCAAGAGGUUGACAUUAGGAUCAAAGCAGCUGAAGGAGAAGGUGUUGGAGCUUCAAAGUAAAAUAGAAAAUGCAGGGGGUGAAAGGUUGAAAAGCCAAAAGGCGAAGGUUAACAAGAUCCAAAAUGACAUUGAUAAAAACAGCACAGAGAUGAAUCGACACAAAGUUCAAAUAGAGACGGGCAAGAAGUUGUUGAAAAAACUAACAGAUGGGAUUGACGAAUCAAAGAAUGAGAAAGAAAGGCUCGUUGCACAGAAGGAAAAGUUGCUUAACACCUUUAAAGAGAUUGAGCAGAAAGCAUUCAAGGUUCAGGAUGAUUAUAAGAAGACAGAAGAGCUGAUAAAUCAACACAAGGAUGUGCUUGGAAAAGCAAAAUCCGACUACGAAAAGUUGAAGAAGUCUGUAGAUGAGUUGCGGGCAUCUGAGGUUGAUGCUGACUAUAAGUUACAAGACAUGAUGAAGAUGUUCAAAGAAUUGGAAAUGAAGGCAAAAGGAUACAGGAAAAAGCUUGAGGAUCUUAACAAUGCUCUUUCAAAGCAUAUGGAACAAAUUAAGAAAGAUCUAGUGGACCCAGAAAAGCUUCAAGCCACACUUGGAGAUGAAUCCUUUUCCAAGGGCUGUGAUCUAAAACGGGCACUAGAAACGGUGGCUUUACUUGAAGCACAAAUGAAAGAAAUGAAUCCUAAUCUUGAUUCGAUCUCUGACUACCGUAAAAAAGUAUCGGUAUACAAUGAGCGAGUGGAGGAGCUUAACUUGGUAACUAAUGAACGUGAUGAGACAAAAAGGCAAUAUGAUGAAUGGAGAAAGAAAAGGUUAGACGAGUUCAUGGCAGGGUUUAAUACCAUAUCUAUGAAGUUGAAGGAAAUGUACCAGAUGAUCACUCUCGGAGGUGAUGCGGAACUCGAGUUGGUGGAUUCAUUAGAUCCUUUCUCAGAAGGUGUUGUCUUUAGCGUUAGGCCUCCAAAGAAGAGUUGGAAAAACAUUGCAAAUUUAUCAGGAGGCGAAAAGACACUCAGCUCACUAGCCCUUGUCUUUGCAUUGCAUCAUUACAAACCGACACCACUCUAUGUUAUGGAUGAAAUUGAUGCGGCUUUAGAUUUUAAAAACGUUUCAAUUGUGGGGCAUUAUGUUAAAGAUCGUACCAAAGAUGCACAGUUUAUCAUCAUCAGUUUGAGAAACAACAUGUUUGAGUUGGCUGAUCGACUUGUGGGGAUUUACAAAACCGAUAAUUGCACCAAGAGCAUCACCAUCAAUCCAGGAAGUUUUGUUGUUCGCGAAAAGGUUGCAUAAACUUACUUUGGGAUUGUUUUUAUUAAUUUCGUUUUAAAAUCUAUUCCAUGUUGUGUUUUAACUUAACUCUGAAUCCCUGGUUGUAAAUGCCUUGUAUAUUUAUCUUCACACAUUAUAGUCCAUCUUUUUAGGCUUAGGAUUGAAUCCUCAAGUAUUUAUUCUCAAAACACAGUAAUGAAUGCAAUG